CGACACAUCAAACAACUGCCCUCGACGCCUCCCGCUUGUUCCAGACAACUGACAGAUUUGCGAUGAUCAGCAACGACAAGAGCAUGCAGAGUCAGAUGAAGUUGCAAGCGAGCAACUUUUCUGGUGACAUCUCGCUAGCUGGAGAAGGGCCUUCUGUCCUCAAGAGGUUCAAGCCUGAUACUACUCCCCGUGCUCGCGGGGUCGACCAGGAUCGGGUCUUGACGGACAGCAGUCGUUCGUCUCUGUCUGCCAGCUCUAGUUGUGUCUCGCCCAUCUCUUGUCCCAGCCUCUCCUCCAUCAUCACGAGCAAUCGUUCCUCGUCCCCCCUCUGGUCCAUGCCCUCAGGAACGGGGGAGCAGAAGCUGGAAUCCGUCCAUUCCUUCUCGGACGUGAACAAUGACUUGGGUGUCGGCGUGAGCCACAUACGGCAGCGGGAGGGAGCAGGUGUCUCGGACCCGUUCCAACCAGCCUCAAGCAAGGCAGGAGGGGAGGAGGUAGGCAAGGAGGGGAGCGAUGCUCCGGCGGUUGACCCGGAGGUCGAUGACUCGGAUUUGACGAUGGGGCCGGGAGAUCCCUGGACCUUCAGUGCUUCUUCUUUCACAUCUCGCACAUCAGAAAACAAGAGGAGAUAUGAACCCUUCUAGGAGCCUCGUGUACAUCAUUUCAGGAAUAUUCAUUAUCUUGUAUAUACAGGUAUAACAUAGUUUCAUCUCAAUGUUGUAAGAAAAUUCUUUGUAGUCUUGCUGAGUUUAGAAAUGAAUAAAUGAGUCUUUCCGUC